AUGUCUGAGGAUAUCUAUGCCAUGCCAGACCUCUCCAAAAAAGUGAGAUUUCAGACGGGGGAGAAGGCAGACGGUAAUGCAGAUGUCUACGAAAUCACAGACGAUGUGAACAUUUAUGACAACUACUUGCCACAGGGGAGUACGCCGCUAGAACUUCAGGACAGCACCACUGAGGAGCCACAGAAAGCCAUUUCGGUCAAUGUACCUUCAGGAGGGAGGAAUCUUCUCAGACCUGCCGCAAUGUUUCUGCUGCUCCUGUGUCUUCUCUUCCUGGCCGGAGUCGUUGUCCUGGUUGUCCUUUUGAUUCAAGAUAAAGGCCUCAUUGCCGACCUAACCAGAGCGAGAGAUGAACUACAGACAAGUAAUGGUGACAUGAAAAGCCUCAAUGACAACCUGACCCAGAAGACAAACCAGCUGGAGAAGGAAAAUUCUCAGUUGAAGGCCAUUGAAAGCAACCUCACUACAGAGAUACACAAAUUAAAACAGCAGCAAGAGCGCUCAUUCUGUCCUGACUACUGGAUAAGGUUUGGCAACAGUUGUUAUUUAAUUUCCAAAUCGAGAAAAAAUUGGAGAGAGAGCAAGAGCUUCUGUGAAGAUCUGAAAGCUCACCUGGUGAUCAUAUCUAGCAAACAGGAGCAGGUGAUUGAAAUAAUUUCUCUUGACUCAAUUUUCAUUUACUGAAUACUGUUGUUAUUUUGGCCUUUUAAAUGGUGAAAGAUUUUAAACAAUCAGUGUUGUAAAACAAUUUUACUCUUCCCUAAAUGCCUGAAAAGGGGAAGGAGAAGUAGAAACAUGCAAAUGAGGCAUUGAAAUGCUUCUUUAUAUACAGUCUAUAAUUGAAACCUGUAAAUACAGUAAUAGAAGUAUUUUUAAUCUCGUCCACACUUAAUGGGUUAGGGUUAGGGUUAUUACAACAUGACACAUACAGCAGACAUUUUAACUUGUCAUAUUAAAGCACAGGUGUUACUAUAGUAAACAAUGGCUAUGUUUUAUUCAAGUGUCCCAGCUUAGCUAUAUUAAACAUUUUCCCAGGUAAUAAUUAAUGGGUCUUGAUGAAAAGAAAAUCAGGCACAUUUAAGGAACUUAUGAGUGUGCGAAGUUUGGUUCAGCUUGUUGGGCCUUAGCUGAAAAACUAGAAUGGCACUCAGUAGAGCAGAUACCUCCACUUGGGCCCAGCAGUCCCCUAUUGAAACGACAAAUUCACACGAUUGGUGUUUGGAUUUAAUUCAGGGAAAACUCACAAAGUUACAGAAAAACCUAGAUUGGCCCCCUGUUCUGGAUCAGGUAAUUUAUCGAAUUGAUCUGGUUAAACCCUAACCCUAACCCUACACAACACAAAUUAACAGUCAACAAACCGGUUGGCAAAACCCAACAAACAAACGGAUGGGGGGGGAAACAUACCCUCCUUUGUGGAGGUAAAAAUGACCAAAAACAUUAUUUCCUAAUAUUUCUUGAUCUAGAAUUUUACCAGCUCAUUCCGCAUGAUCUUCUGGAUUGGUCUGACUGAUUACGAGGAGGAAGGGGUCUGGAAUUGGGUGAAUGGAUCGGUGGCAAUGAAAACGUAUUGGGGAUACAUGCAGCCGGAUAAUUAUGAUGGAGCUGAACACUGUGCUACACUUCGAUACUUUGGAAGCUUAGAAAACUGGAAUGAUAUAGGAUGCGACACUGAAAAUGACUUCCUCUGUGAGAAAAUACUUGAGUGAAAUAAAAAAUGUUGUAACAAUCCUGGACUGAUGUAAAAUAACAGUAAUAAA